AUUACCACCACCCUAAUAAAGCUCCAACACCUCUCCUAGAACACGGUCCGAGGGACGCUGCUCUCCUGGCCCUGCCACCACUGAAGCGCCCAGGCGUCCCGGAAGAUCCGACCUGAGCGCAGAGCCCGCGGACCAUGAGCCCAACGAGGCAGCGAGCGUCGGUCCCGCUGCUGCUGCUGCUGCUGCUGCUGUUGAGUGGCUGCCUCCUCGUGGCCGCCGGGAGAGACCAGGGGGCGGCAGGCAGCGCGGCAGAGCCGGCCCCGGGUCCCGCGGGCGGCUCGUCCGGCCGCUUCGUCAGCCCCGAGCGGCACGCGUGCAGCUGGCAGCUCCUGCUGCCCGCCCCGGGGCCCGCGGCGGGCAGCGAGCUGGCGCUGCGCUGCCAGGACCCGGCGGGGGCGCGCCACCAGUGCGCCUACCGCGGGCAGCCCGAGCGCUGCGCCGCCUACGCCGCCCGCCGCGCGCACUACUGGAAGCAGGUGCUGGGCGGGCUGCGCAGGAAGCGGCGGCCGUGCCAGGACCCCGCUCCGCUCAAGGCGCGCCUGUGCGCCGGCAGGAAGGGCCACGGCGCCGAGCUGCGCCUGGUGCCCCACGCGUCCUCACCCGCGCGCCCCACUGCGGCGGGCUCCCCCGGGGAUCCCAAGCCCCGGGCCAGGAGCCGGGGGCGGCCCCGGGAGCCCGCGCGGGGCCCCUCCCGAGAGGCCCGACUUCCCGCCGGCGCGCCUCCCAGAGGGAAGCCCUCGGAGAAGACGGACGCGGGCAAGAGGAAGGCGGCCUCGGACCCAGACCACGAGCGACCCCUGGGGACCGGGCCGGACCCCGACGGACUGGACGAGAACGCCAAGCUCACGGAGACCUACUGUGCUGAGAAGUGGCACUCGCUCUGCAACUUCUUCGUCAAUUUCUGGAACGGCUGAGG